UAAAGUUGACAAUUCAAGUCCGGCCGGUCUUAGCGGUCAAUUCGUUUAAUGUUUUGUUUAUUUGUCUUACGUACUUCAGUUACUUUUGAUAUUUUGUGAGCGGGAACAACUUGAAAAAACUAAAAUUAUGGAAGAAUGGGAAUCGGAUAGUAUUGUGGAACAAUGGAUACUUGAACACGAUCAUACAUUUAUGCCUUUGCCUUCCAUUGAAUUAAAUCCUCAUCUUCUUAUAUCCAAAGUUCGGAAACAUUAUAUGGAAUACCUCAUAAAAUUACUUUCUGUUAAUUAUGAAACAAAUCAAAAACUACUCAAUAAGAAUAUUUAUCUUCCUAGUGCUAUAUGGCGAUGCGCCAAAAUAAUAGAAAUGUCCGCCGCCCAAACUGCAAUGGUUGUAAACUUGUACAGAAAAAACAUCAUGAAUGUGGUUCAGGAACUGAAAAAGACAACGAAAAAUGGCUUACUUUAUAAGAAGCUAUAUGAGUGCCUUCAUUUUCAACCACAAAAUGAGAAAAAAACUCAAACACAUUCUAAGGUUGAUGACACUUGCAAUUGCAAGUGUGUCUGCAGCCUUAAGAAGAAGAUAAAAAAAUCAUCACAAUCUCCCAAAAGCUCAUAUUAUCCGGAAAGUAUUGGUAUUGAAAAUCCACAAAUAGCAUUGAAAACUGGUUCACAUACAGAAGCACAACUCCCAAACCAAAACUGCAAUACAUCAAUCUUAAGUGAAAAUCUAAAAACGGAGCCUAAAGAAUCAGACGAUUUAAUGUUACAAAUGGAAAAAUUAUUUGAGGGCAAUCCAAAUGAUGACGACAUAUUUGAUAGUGCCCUUUGUGACAGCAGUAGUAUAAAUAACACUGAAGAAAUGACAGCUUUAAACGAUUUGCAAGUAAAUACCUCGAUGCCAAUUGAUGCCUUACAAGAAAACCAAGCGAGUUGUCCGAAUGAUAGAUCCUUGCUUAGUGGAAUGCCAGUAAACAUUGAGCCUGGCUCACAAUAUACCAGAACAAAAAAUAAUCGAGUCAGCAAAUGGCUUUGUGAAGAAUAUUUUAUGAAAAUUAAAUUAUAUGAACUGCUGGAUCAGAUCAGAGAUAGCGAUAGGAAAAGACUUGCUAGGAUUAAACAAAAAUUCGAAGAACUAUUUGGUGAUGUCAGUGACGAUGAGGAUAUGGUCUCUCCGUUAGAUGAAUCACCAGAGCUGAUUAUGAGCUGCAAAGAAAGAAUCACACCUUGGGUUGUAAAAAUACUUACACCAUAUUAUGUGAACGGACGAAUUAGAGGGAAAGCUCUGUUCAAGGCCCUAGCAAAACAUUUAAUUAAGUUAAUUUACCAAUGCAGUAAAUUUCCAUACGAUUAUGAAGUUGAAAAUUUUAUCAAAGAUUUCCUAAACAACCAUAGAAUGAUAAGAUGCGAAGCAGACUUCAAACAAUUCAAAAUAGAAAAUGUGUGAGCAUUUGCAAGCAAUCUUAUAGGAAGAUUAAGAAAAAUAUUUGUUGCUUCAUCAAUAACACAAAAUAUAAUUUAAAUUUUCACCGCAUAUGUAUGAAAAAAAAACCAUUAAAGUUUUGUAGUAGUUAAAUAGCACUGAAAAGCUUUAAUAAUAUAUCAGUACAAAAAUAGACAAAGCAAUAAGCACCAAUAUUAGAUGUUAUAUUGUUGAGAGGAUAUUAUGAUUGUCUUUGUAAGUUAGAAUUCUAGUGUGGCAUAACUGCUUUAAAUAGACAAUGGAUAAAUAAACUAAUAUUUUGCUAUAUUUAUGCGGAUUGAGACAUAUUUUGUAUAUGUCAUUUGUUUGUCAAACAGUAUUUUCAAUAUAAAACUACUUUAUUUAUGUUGUGAUAAACACAAAGUCGAAAUUGUUAAUAUUAAGUAGUCGAUAUUAUAAACUUUAUGCACAUUGUAAUAAGUAAGUUAGUGGGAAAUAAAUCAUAUUUAGAUUAUCCUGAAUCCUUAAUGAUAUUUAUUGUGUAACACAGUACAAAUGUUAAUCUUACUUCUAAGUUCCUAUUACAUUAAAGUUAGUUCGACUAUCAAUAUUUUUCAUGUUUAAUUUUUUUAUUGCUAUUUUCUUCCGGAUCUUGAUCAGACUUCCGUUUUUCUGACUUACUGAAAAAAGAGGUUAAGGUUUUCUGUGUUCCUUUACCAGCAGAUAUUUUUUUAUUGCAAUCUGCUGACUUAUUUCUUGAGUUAUUAACAAUUGUUGAUACUAGAUGAUAUGUCAAUAUUUUUACUGGUUUCAAAUAUGCUAGUGCCAUGUCCGCGCCUACAUUUUCAACAUCAAGCCAGGCCUGAAAGGAGAUUAUAUAUUUUAGAAUGAUUUAUAUUUAUUAUUAUAAAGUUUUAAGUUUAAGGAGCUUCUAUCAUACAUUAAUUUGUUCAUCGUUUUCCAGUAUGGCGGGCAUUCUGUGGUGUAGCCAGUUCAUAGUGUCAUUCGAUUCCAUAGUUAUUAUGGAAUAUGAAUAUAUAAUUAUGUCUUCACUUUUCCAUAUAUUAUAAAUGCCGGCCAUGUGUAUAAGCUUUACACCAUCCCAUCCGUUUAUUUCACUAAAUUUAUCUUCUGACGUGUCUUUUGUCUGCAACCAAAAAUCAUCAAUUAAUUUACAAAUACAUUUAUUUGAUUGUAGUUAUGAAAUUUUUGAACUUAUUAAGUAAGAAUAUAGACUAUAUAUGCAGCGUCUGAGCACAAAUGAAGCAGAAACAGGGGUUUAUUGGAAUUAAACCUGAAAUGCACAUAUUACACUUUCUCAGCGGGCUUUAGAUUAUUUAACGGAAUAAAUGGUUGCAAAAUUAA